CGGGACUCGGCUGAGUUGUGGCACGUGAUCUCUGAUUCGGCUUGGAUCACGGGAUUUGCCUAACAAAGCAUGCACAGCCACUGAAGUGGCUGCAGAGCUAACUGCAGCGUCGCAUGCAUACUAAGUACGUGCCACUUACCGUUUCCCGUCACUGAAAAUGUCGGAGUUCGUCCCUGUUGCACAAAUCCAAAUGGCGUAUGUCGGCAAGCCAGAUCUAUGAUCAAUGCGACGUCUGUUUGUACCCCAGAAACAAAAGCCUCACUGUGGAAGUCGGCCACAGGCAGUGGCUCGUUAUUUCUCCCAACCACAUAUAUAAGAGAGAUGUAUCCGAAUCACUUUCCCUUGUGGCAUAUCCAAGCUCCCUUUUCUCUUACUCAAACCCUCAUCUCUUCCCGAUCAUGACUGGCACCUGCGACACAGUCGACAUUGUUUUGGCUAGAGACAAUGCUGCUAAGAAGUUCUCCUGGUGCAUUUUGCCAGGAAGGUCCAUGGCAUCCGCUAGGUCCGAAUCAAGCUUUACUCCUCAGACGCGGAUGCUACCGAAGCCGGCAGACACAUCAACUGAGGACCGAUCAGCAAAACAUUCAGCCAUCUGGCAUCUCCGUGGAUUUACAAUGACAAGACCAACAUUGAAUCAACACCUAGAGUCUUAUUUCCAUAGGAUGCAACAAACUGCGCCACGAAUAUGCCAUCCCUUGACCAUUCACAAUGAAGCCCGCUUGAUCAUCCAUACAGUGAACAAUGCCGGAUUCGCUGGCCAACCAAAGUUAUUAGGUGAGGCAGUGGCGAAAGCACUGUUCAUCGCCGGAGCUGCUCAACUGCAGUACACCCGGACUGUGGCACUGCUCACACAUGAUGUUCUCGUCGAACUCAAUCUGAGCAACUGGUGUGCCAUGCGCGCUAUGCAAAUAUACCUCGAAAAUAUUGCGACGUCGACUAUACUCAAUGCUUGGUAUAACUUUUCGGUUGAUUUAAUGUUUACGCCUAAUGCGACUGGUUUGGAGAAAGCUGGCGAUAUCCUAGAGGCUCUUCGAGACGAAAAGUUCAAUGCAGCAGCUUUAUAUGGCGACUUGGCUGCGCUUGGCAUCAUCCCUUGCGGUCUACUUAUUUUCGUCAUAAAUUGCUUCUUGGACCACCUGUCAUCAGUAACUCAGUUUCGCAUGCUUUAUCUCCUGGUGAUCCGAGCAACAUUCCGAAUUGAAUCCUCUAUACACCCGGAUUGUUUGCUUGGCUGGCGCGAAAAGUUGCUCUUUCCAAAGCGAAUGACGAUGCCUAUGGGUAACAAAAUGGUUCAGAGGUGGAUUAUCGUGAGUGACCGUACUUUCGGUUUGCUUGGGACGUUUGGUUGACAUCAUGUCCUCAUUCCCGUGACUAGGAGAUUUGCAAUGUGAUUGAUAAGGCUGUCGUUCAAAACCAAGCCAUUGUGCCAUCUUCUAAAACCACCAACUCACCAGCCGGAAAUCAUAUUUGGGAUGCGCGACUCACCAGACAUGGUCUACGCGAUUUAAUUAAGAUUGAACGGCCGCGCGAGAUGUACAUACGAUGAUAUAUCAAUUUAGACUUGGUUUAUUGUUAUUUCAAGUUCUUGUUUUACCUGUAACAUAUAAGUCGAUUUAAACCACGAAAUUUACCG